AUGUCGUCCAAACGCAAAUGGGACCAGCCAGCCCCAGAAGAGGGUAGCACGAGCGCAAAACCAGACGACACCAAGUCUGCAUCCGAUGCCGCAGCAGCAGCAGCAGCGAUUGCUGCCAAAAUUGCAGCACAAUUUGCUGGUGGUGGUCUGGGUGGAUUGGGCGGAAUGAAAGAUCCUCACGACGGAGACUUUACGAAGGAUAUCGACAUUAAUGAUGUCCGGAAUAGGUAUAUGUUGACAAAAGGAUCAACUCAGGCUCAGAUUAACGAAGACACCGGUGCGUCAGUGAGCACGAAGGGAAUAUGGUACCCGGAUCGUAGCAAAGCCACGGACAAAGACCCUCCUUUAUACCUGCACAUCUCUGCCUCUUCACAAGAAAUGUUGGAUAACGCAGUAGAAAAGAUAAACGAACUUAUCGCUGUUGAUCUUGGCCCCCUCGUCGAGGAUAAGAAAGACCGACUAAGAGAAAAGCGAAAAUGGCCGGAGGAGAAGCUACCCGUGGGCUUGGAAUCAAUACGGAAUUUCAAUGUUCGAGCGAAGGUCGUUGGUCCAUCCGGGAUGUUUGUGAAGUACAUUCAGCAGGAAACUAGCACUCGAGUCCAAAUCAAGGGCCUAGGCUCUGGAUUUGUCGACCAAGAGACUGGAAAAGAGGCUGAAGAGCCGAUGCACAUACAUAUAACCGGGCCAGAUGAAGCGCAGGUCGCCCGUGCUAAAGUCCUGACAGAGGACCUGUUAGAGGUCGUAAGAUCGGAGCACGCAAAAAUGGCCACAAUGGUCAGCCAGCAACAAAUGGAGUUGCAUCACGCACAAGCUCAAUAUGCUGUCUACAACACCAUGUCGGUGCGUAGGCUCCUCACUGAAUCUUGUGCCAACGGUAUGUUGAUCUUUUCGAUGCAGGGAUACGCACCUCCGCCGCCAUCAAACGCACCCCCACCCCCUCCUCCUGGAGAACAACCCCCGCCACCUCCUGACGGGAGUGCUCAAGCAGGAGCAGAGGGAUAUGCUGGUGCUCCUCCUCCGCCUGGAAGUGACGCGGCCAGCCAUGAUGCUUACGCCCAAUACUGGGCUGCUUAUGGCUACGAUGUCAACUCCCCUCAGUUUAAGGAAUGGGCCGCUCAGCAGCAACAGCAGUACAGUCAAUAUUACGCCCAGCAGGGGUAUAGUGUCGACCCAUCCCAAGCUGGCGCUGCACCAGCUCCUACAGGAGCUGCUCCUCCUCCACCCCCAGCGUGA